UCCUUUUCAUUCCUUUGAAAUCCUUUAAUUGAGAUUUUACAAUGUUUGGUAUGGAGUUGUAUUGAUUCUCUUCUAAGAGUACCCUUUUCUUAGCCCAAGCCACAGCAAGUGGCAGAAUCUAAUAACCAUGACUGAUCUCAAAAAAUUCAAACAAAGAUAAUACUUGGAUGAGACCAACAGAUAGUGCUACAUCUAUGAAUGCUAGAUUGAGAAAUUAAAAAAAGAUGCUGAAAAAAGCAAUGGCAAAAAAGUCAAUUUUUCUGUUCAUCUUUAUUAAUCAUUUUGAACUUGUUUGACAAUUGGUAUCACUUUUAAUUUUAAAAAUAUUGUUAAUUAACAAAAUAUUGUUUCCAGUUGCAUGUUAUACUUUGUAAACUUUCUCCCAACCCUUUUUUUUGGUACUCUCAACAUAGAUCAGAAGCUCUGAUGUAGAAGCUGGAGAUGGAUUUUCCUUGCCCUUUACAGAAAGAUGUGCUUCCUUUGGUACUUAAUUUGGUCCUUAGUAUAAUUAAUAAUACUUUAUUCACAAUGUUUACUUGCAGAUGGCUAAGAACUAGGUAGCAAGUUACAUUCAAGACUAUGUUGGCUCAGCUUCCUACCACCAUAAAUGGAGGCCCAAAUAUGUGGGCCGUCACUUCUGAAGAAAGAAAGAAAUAUGAUAAACAGUUUGACAGCCUUAAGCCAGUUGGAGGUUAUAUUACAGGUGAUCAAGCACGAAUGUUUUUUUUACAGUCAGGUUUGUCAAGUCCUGUUUUGGCUGAAAUAUGGGCUCUCAGUGACCUGAAUAAAGAUGGGAAAAUGGAUCAGCUGGAGUUCUCCAUAGCUAUGAAACUCAUCAAACUAAAGCUGCAAGGCCAGUCCUUGCCUAUGGUGCUCCCUCCAAUCAUGAAACAGACUCCAGCGUUUUCUCCCUUGAUGUCUGCUCGUUUUGGUAUGGGCAGUAUGCCAAAUCUGUCUACAGUAGCACCUUUGGCUCCCAUGUCCAAUCUGACAUCUGUACCUUCCAUUUCUCCCAUGGUGAUUUCAACCCCACUAUUGCCUUCUGCCAGCCCUCCAUCAUUGCCAAAUGGAACCGCCGGCCUUCUUCAGCCAUUAGUUAUGUCCUACUCUUCCACUUUGCCUCAUUCUAGUUCAUACACUCCCGUGAUAGGAGGAUUUGGUGGUUCCAACAUCCAGAAAACUCAGUCCUUGAUAGAUUUAGGAUCUAGUAGUUCAAAUUCGUCUUCUACUACCUCAUUAACUGGCAAUUCACCGAAGACAGGAUCUUCAGAUUGGGCAGUUCCUCAGGCUUCAAGAUUAAAAUACAGGCAAAAAUUUAAUUACCUUGAUAAAGGAAUGACUGGAUAUCUUUCAGGAUUUCAGGCAAGAAAUGCUCUUCUACAAUCAAACUUAUCUCAGACACAGUUAGCCACUAUCUGGUCUCUGUCUGACAUUGAUGGUGAUGGACAGCUGAAAGCAGAGGAGUUCAUCUUAGCUAUGCACUUAACUGAUAUAGCCAAAGCUGGGCACCCACUCCCACUAAGUCUGCCUCCUGAAUUUGUGCCCCCUUCUUUGAGAAAUGGAAAGCAUUUGGAAAAUAUUAACUGUGCUCUGCCAGCUUAUCAACAAGAAGAGGAACCUCCCCAAAAACUUCCAGUUACCUUUGAGGAUAAGAGGAAGGCAAACUAUGAAAGAGGCAACCUGGAGCUGGAGAAACGGCGCCAAAUGCUCCUUGAGCAGCAGCAAAGAGAGAUGGAGCGUAAAGCACAGAAGGAAAGAGAAGAAAAGGAGCGAAGAGAAAGGGAGCGGAAGGAACUGGAGCAGAAGAAACAACUUGAGCUAGAAAGGCGCUUGGAAAAACAACAAGAGAUGGAGAAACAAAGAGAGGAAGAACGGAAAAGAGAGAUUGAAAGACGAGAGGCAGCUAAACAAGAACUUGAGCGUCAAAGACGGCUUGAAUGGGAGAGGAUUCGUCGUCAAGACCUUCUUAAACAACGUAAUAGAGAACAGGAGGAAAUUGUGAAGUUAUCUUCUAAAAAAAAGAGUCUUAAUCUUGAACUUGAUGCACUGAAUGACAAACACCAACAGAUCUCUGGAAGACUAGAAGAUGUUCGUAACAGAAAACAAAAGCAUAAAAAUGAGUUUGCCAAUCUAGAAAAGAAAUGUGAUAUGGGAAUUAUUGAACUCAAGCAAUUGGAACAACAGCUUCAAGAAUAUCAGAAUAAGCUGAUUGCUCUUGUUCCUGAGAAACAACAGUUGAGUGAGAAAAUAAAUCACAGCAAGAUUAGUAACUCUUUUGAUACACAUCUAAAUUCAUUGCAGAAGAAAUCAUCAGAAAAAGAAGAAUUAUGCCAAAAACUUCAGGAACAACUAGAUACACUACAAGAAGAAACCACUUCCAAGCUGUCAGAAAUUGAUAUUUUUAAUAAGCAGCUCGAGUGUGAGACUAUGGAUGCUUCUAUUCUUCAGUGCCUUUUAUAUCUGCUAAGCUGUCUCAACAACCUCUUCCUCUUACUUAAGGAACUAAGAGAAACUUACUGCACACAACAGAAAGCACUUGAGCAGCUCCACAAAAUCAAACAUGAAAAAAUUCAAGAACUGGAAAGAAAAAGAACUGAACUUGCUUUGAAAAAAAGAAUAGAUGAUGAGACUGCACGAAAAGCAAAACAGGAAAAGGAGAACUUGUGGCAAGAAACAAUCAGGAAGGAAGAAGACGAAAGAAAAAAGCGUCUGAAAGAAGAUCGAAUGCAGGAAAAGAUCCAUGAGGAAAAACAAAGAGCUGAGGAGGCCAUUGCACGAGAGAGGGAAAUCCAGAAACAAAAACUGGCAGAUGAGAAAUUUGAAGAGGAAAGACAAAAUAAACAAGUAGGAAUUCUAAGAGAGACUGAGCAGCAGAGGCAGAAACAAAAGGCAGAAGAAAAAAAACGACAGGAGAAAAUUGCAAAAGAAGCUGAGGAGAAACUUAAACGAUUUGAAGAAGGGAAGAAAAGAAAAGAUAUUUUUAAUUUGCAAGAUUCUGAGAAAUCUGUUUCUCUGUUAAAUGAGAAAAACAUAAAUGUUCUUAAACAAACAAAGGGAAAUCUUAAGUCUGCCCUGAAAAAUGAAGGCCAUGCAAUUAAUGCUGCUGAUUCUAAGACAUCAGUGGGCUUCGUGAAUUAUAGAGCUUUAUACCCAUUUGAAGCCAGGAAUCAAGAUGAGAUAAGCUUCCAUUCCGGAGAUAUUAUUGAGGUUGCUGAGAAAACUGAAGGAGAACCUGGCUGGCUAUAUGGAAGUUUUCAAGGACAUUUUGGGUGGUUUCCAUGCAAUUAUGUAGAGAAAAUACCUGAAAAUGAAAAACCUGUUUCACCUCCCAAGAAAGCCUUACUUCCUCCUACAGUCACUGUACCACCUACUUCAGUUCCUCUAGAAGUACAUUCACCCAGUAAACCAGCAGAUGAAGCAGAUUACCAAAAUGUAUCUUUUGCAAAUUUAAAUACUAGCUCAUGGCAGAAAAAGUCUGCCUUUACUCGCACUGUUUCCCCAGGAUCUGUUUCUCCCAUCCAUGGGCAGGGACAAGUGGUAGAAAACAUAAAAGCACAAGCACUUUGCUCUUGGACUGCAAAAAAAGAUAAUCACUUAAAUUUUUCAAAAAAUGACAUAAUUACUGUGCUGGAGCAGCAAGAAAAUUGGUGGUAUGGGGAAGCUGGCAAAGGAAGAGGAUGGUUUCCCAAAUCCUAUGUGAAGAUUUUGCCUGGAAAUGAAUGCCAAAGAGAUGAAUCAGAAGCUGUUUAUGCAACUAUAAAUAAGAAUCCUUCCACAUCAACUUGUGUUUCAGAAUAUAUAGCACUAUAUCCUUAUUCAAGUUCUGAGCCUGGCGAUUUAACUUUCAUUGAAGGUGAAGAAAUAGUAGUGAGUCAGAAAGAUGGAGAAUGGUGGACUGGAAGAAUUGGUGAUAGAAGUGGAAUCUUUCCUUCCAACUAUGUCAAACCAAAGGAUCAUGAUACUUCUACAGCUAGCAAAACAGGAACAUUAAAUAAAAAACCUGAAAUUGCUCAAGUUACAACAGCCUACACUGCAUCAGGAACAGAACAGCUAAGUCUUGCUCCUGGACAGCUGAUUGUAAUUUUGAAGAAAAAUUCUAGUGGAUGGUGGCAAGGAGAACUACAGGCAAGAGGGAAAAAAAGACAAAAAGGAUGGUUUCCUGCUACUCAUGUGAAACUGUUGGGUCCCAGCAAUGAAAAGACUAUGCCAGCUGUUCAUCCAGUGUGUCAAGUGAUAGCAAUGUAUGACUACUCAGCAAACAAUGAAGAUGAGCUCAAUUUUUCUAAGGGGCAGCUUAUAAAUGUAAUGAACAAAGAAGAUAUGGAUUGGUGGCAAGGGGAAAUCAAUGGCGUUUAUGGCCUCUUUCCUUCAAACUAUGUGAAGUUGACUGUAGACUCUGAUCCAAGUCAACAGUGGUGUGCUGAUCUCCAGAGCCUUGACACAAUGCAACCCACAGAAAGGAAGAAGCAGGGUUAUAUACAUGAGUUGAUCCAGACAGAAGAAAAAUACAUGGAUGACCUUCAACUUGUCUUAGAGAUUUUCCAGAAACAAAUGACUGAAGCAGGCUGUCUCUCGGAAGCCGAAAUGGGAUUAAUCUUUGUCAACUGGAAAGAGCUCAUAUUGUGUAAUACAAAGUUAUUGAAAGCCCUUCGGGUGCGUAAGAAGACUGUGGGGGAAAAGAUGCCAGUACAGAUGAUUGGUGACAUCUUAGCUGCUCAGUUAUCUCAUAUGCAAGCCUAUAUUCGAUUCUGCAGCUGCCAGCUUAAUGGAGCUGCCUUGUUACUGCAAAAAACAGAUGAAGAACCAGAGUUCAAAGAAUUUUUGAAAAAAUUGGCCUCAGAUUCCCGCUGUAAAGGCAUGCCCCUGUCCAGCUUCCUCUUGAAACCGAUGCAGAGAAUCACUCGCUACCCUCUGCUCAUCAAGAGCAUUCUGGAGAAUACCCCUGAAAGUCACCCUGAUCACAAUAAUCUGAAGCAGGCUCUCGAGCGUGCUGAAGAAUUGUGUUCCCAGGUGAAUGAGGGGGUGCGUGAGAAGGAGAAUUCAGACAGACUUGAAUGGAUACAGUCCCAUGUCCAGUGCGAAGGACUUGUUGAGCAACUGAUUUUCAAUUCACUGACCAACUGUUUGGGACCACGGAAACUUCUGCACAGCGGCAAACUUUAUAAGACAAAGAGCAACAAAGAACUCUAUGGUUUUCUCUUCAAUGACUUUCUGCUUCUCACCUACAUGGUGAAGCAGUUUGUCUCUACAGGAUCAGAUAAACUGUUCAGCCCCAAAUCAAAUUCCCAGUUUAAAAUGUACAAAGUGCCUAUUUUUCUUAAUGAAGUCCUAGUGAAAUUGCCAACUGACCCUUCUAGUGAUGAGCCAAUUUUUCACAUCUCCCAUAUUGACCGAGUCUACACACUGAAAACAGACAAUAUAAAUGAGAGAACUGCCUGGGUCCAGAAAAUUAAAGGCGCCUCAGAACAAUAUAUUGAAACUGAAAAAAAGAAACAUGAAAAGGCUUACCAAGCUCGAUCACAGAAAAGCUCAGGAAUAGGACGCUUGAUGGUGCAUGUGAUUGAAGCAACAGAAUUGAAAGCCUGUAAACCUAAUGGAAAAAGCAAUCCAUAUUGCGAAGUUAGCAUGGGAUCUCAAACCUACACUACCAGGACGCUGCCAGAUACCUUGAAUCCCAAAUGGAACUUUAACUGUCAAUUCUUCCUCAAAGACCUUUAUCAAGAUGUAUUGUGUAUCACCAUGUUUGACAGGGAUCAGUUUUCACCUGAUGAAUUUUUGGGUCGCACUGAAGUUCCUGUAGCCAAAAUCAGGACAGAGCAAGAAAACAAGGGACCUACAACUAAACGUUUACUACUGCAUGAAGUACCAACAGGGGAAGUUUGGGUACGCUUUGAUUUACAGUUAUUUGAUCAGAAAACACUUGUUUAAAGAGAAAAAAACAUUUUAUUUAUAACAGCCAGGACCAGCAUAGAUCAUUGAACUGCUCUUACUGGCAUGUUUUACAAGCGGCGCAUAUAUACUGCUGCAAAAUCAUUUUGCCUGGUGACACCGUCAUUAUCUCUCCUGGUAUAUAUUAUUUAGCUCUGUGCUUUGCACUCCUAUGUUGGUGGCAAUCUAUGCAAUAUACUGUAUAUGAGAUAAUAUAAGAAAGUGCCUUUCUUUAUUGAAAGUAAAUAUUUUUAAAGCAAAUGCCAGUGUUUAUUUAAUGUUGAUUUCCUUUAAUGCGUUAACAAGGAAUCUGGCUAUUUGAAAUAUCUCUGCUUAGAUUUCAAUGAACCAUAGGAUAUUUUAGUUCUGGGCUAAAAUCAUUCUUCAGGUUCAAAAAAUGGAGUCUGUUUGACCCUUAUCUCAGGUUAUCUCAGGAUAUAAUUGUGGAAGAAGUUUCAGCACUUCAGGAUCCUUUCAAAAUUAUAUAUUGACACAAAGUGCAGCCUUUAAAAAACUUGUUUCAAUUUUAAAGGGGAAAUAAUGUCUGUCAAUAAUUUUGCAAAUUUACCAAGAUUUUUUGGUGGUAAAUAAGAUAACUUCUUUUGUAUAAUGUGGGACAUAAUGACUCGGGCUAUGUGACUCAUCUGCAGAAGCAAACAACCAAAGCACUCUAUAAAGCCACUGCUUAAGGCAUCUGGAGGCCAUAUCCUCUUCAAGGUGGCCCAUCAGCAGCAAUCCCAGCAAACUGUGUGCAGACAAUAGGGAGCAGCCUUUGGAGCAGCCUUGCCAAGCCACCCUGAUUGAUGCUCAAGCCAUGGCUUCAGAGAGUGCUUCCAAAUGAUUCACAUGGCCUAUUAAUGUUUUGAAAAGUGGAGUUUCUUGCAGAUCUCAAUAAAACAUGCAGCUGAAACAUGUCCAACUCAAAGAUUCCAAGGAGGAGGAAGUGUUACCUUGGUCGCUAUAAUAAAUAAAAUAAGCUGGUGAAUAUACUGUAAUUUAUCUACAUAUUAAUAUGUGGCAUAUUGCUUUUUUUAAGCCAAUUGUAUUGUAUUCUGGAAUGUAAAUGAGUAAGAAAGAAUCUAGGAAUGAAACCGUGCAAAAUUGUCAAUGUUUUAAAACCAGUUAUAUUUUCUACUUGAAUUGCUGUAUAGGAUUUUAUGGAAUUCAAUAUUCAAGUCAAGAGUGUUCGUCUAAACUCCUCUGAUAUGGCUUUACUAAUAGAGCUUGAGCACAGCUAGUGUUUAUUUAUUUGCAAUUUUUUUAAAAUGUGCUGCAAUUGAACCAUAUUCUUUAUUGGGAAGGGUUCCUCUUUAUAGAAUGUAAGGGUUGAGCAAGAGCUGUGUAUUUUGAAUAUACAUCUCGGGUAUAUGUAUUACUUUUAAUUUAA